CCGCGAAGCCUGGAAGAAGUUUACCCGACCGACGGAGGCGGCCGACGGAUUUGCAGCACGUCGUUAUGUCUUUCCGCGAUCUUCGGAAUUUUACGGAGAUGAUGAGGGCUCUGGGCUAUCCCCGGCUUAUCUCAAUGGAGAAUUUUCGGACUCCAAAUUUCAUGCUGGUUUCAGAAAUACUCCUUUGGCUGGUGAAAAGAUACGAACCUCAGACGGAUAUCCCUUCCGAUGUUGAAACGGAGCAGGACCGGGUUUUUUUCAUUAAGACUGUUGCUCAGUUUAUGGCCACCAAAGCUCACAUCAAACUCAACACCAAGAAGCUUUACCAAGCCGAUGGCUACGCUGUGAAGGAGCUGCUGAAGAUCACCACGGUCCUGUACAACGCCAUGAAGAGCAAAGGGAUGGAAAGCACGGCUACGGGUGAAGAAGACGUCGGCAAAUUCAAAUUUGAUCUGGGUUCCAGAAUCAGUGAUUUGAAGACAGCCAGGCAGCUCGCUUCAGAGAUCACUUCGAAAGGAGCGUCUCUGUAUGACUUGUUGGGCAAAGAAGUGACGCUGAGGGAACUGAGAACAGAAGCAAUUGGAAGACCUCUUGAAAUUAAUGAAACCGAAAAAGUGAUGCGUGUUGCCAUCAAAGAUAUUUUGGAGCAAGUCCAGAAAACCAAUGACAUGCUCAACAACGUGGCCGCCGAUGAAGCCAGUUUGGAGGCCAAGAUCGAGAAGAGGAAAUCCGAGCUGGAGAGAAACCACAAGCGGCUGCAAACCCUGCAGAGUGUUCGCCCAGCCUUUAUGGAUGAAUACGAGAAAAUUGAAGAGGAGUUGCAGAAACAAUAUAGCUGUUACGUGGAGAAGUUUCGUAACUUGACGUACCUGGAACAGCAGCUGGAUGACCAACACCGAAUGGAACAAGAGAGGUUUGAGGAAGCAGAAAACACCCUGAGGCUGAUGCAGAAUAAGCUGAAGGAGGAAGAGAAACGCUUGCUGAAGACUGGAAGUCACGAUGACUCCGACAUGGAGAUCCACGAGGACGAGGGAUCGGACAGCGAUCUGGAAGACCGGCAGCUGAUCAAGCAACACACAGCCAUGGAGAUGCUCAUGCAUGGGCGGCCGAGCAAACGGCUUGUUGGGACCAUGCACGGGGGAGACACGGAGGAUGAGGAAGACUCAGAGGAAAGUGAAAUUGAUCUGGAUGACGAUGAUGAUGAUUUGGAAGAUGACAGCAUGGACAUCUCCCCCACCCAGGCCAAUCGGAGAGUCAGGAAGCCAGAGCCACUGGAAGAGAGCGAUAACGACUUCUGAGGAACCUCAACAGGGAUGACAAACGACAACUUACCCAUGACUAUACACAUGAGGAGAACCUCAACAUCUUCAAGUUAACAGUCUAGAAACAAAACCUUGGUCAGCACUAGGAUGUGAUUCUCAUGUUAUUUCAAAGAGCAGUUUAGGGUGGGUUAACAAACUGAGUUUGUCUCUACUUUACAGACCGGCAGUUGAGUCUUGAAAAAGCCAAUUCUCUGUGACAGAUUAAAAAAAUAAUUGUUAUUUUGUCAAAGAUCAAGGCAAAAUAGAGCCAAGUGGAAUGGAAACCCCCCCACAAGGAGAGGCUGAUGGGUUUAGAGUUUGUCCAGUUGUUUGAGCUCCCAUCUGUCCUUGAAGCUAUUGGUGGUACAUCCAAUUCCAAGUUGGUCCAUUGAGGAGAAAUCCUCAUUAGACGGGGGUGGAAACAGCUCUAGGAAAAACAGAGUUUAUUUGAACUGAAUUAAUCAUAUACAACUCUAAUACCAUCUCUGUCUGUACGAACAUGUCUCUUCAGAUUCACGGAAGUAUUUGAUAGACCAUUUUGCUCAAGUCAGGAAGUAUUAACCUUGCUCUGCGCUGGCGUCUCCUUGGUUCACAACUCUACACCAAUGACAAUCUUGUUCUCCUUCUGAUUUUGACUGUAACAUUCCUGCACUUUGCAAGUAAAUGCUCUUCACUUCCUCUCCCUUGUCUUUGAUCUUAUGUCUUUGCCCCCAGUUAAGAAAUUCAAGAAAAGUAAAUCCAAAAUCAAUCUACCGGCCUCUUUCAAAUCAGCUUUGGUCAUGGUGCUUCAUCCAAGCAUCCUCCUCUCAGGAGCGAAAAUCCAGGAUGCUGUGAUGAUUGGUUGAGAGUGAGUCGGGCUUCUCUUUGAUCCCGGUUUGAUGGAUAUGUCUCCCCUUCAGGUCCAUCCCAGGCCUUCAAGACCUCCGUCCUUUCACCCUGCCCUCGGUCGAUGGGCACAGGGAA